AUGAUGCAAGCCAAGAAGAUUAAGUACGACGUCAUCGGACUCACCGAGACGAGACGACGUCACCUUCUCAACGCCAUAUAUGAAACUGGAGAAGAACUGUUCUUAGGAAUAUGCGACAGUAGAGGUAUUCGUGGAGUUGGCGUCCUCGUCAACACGAGCAUUGCAAAGAACAUCGACUCUUUCGAACAACUUACAACCCGAAUCGGACGUCUGCGGAUGAGAAGAUGUGGUUCAACACCAGCUUUGACUAUUUUUGUCGCUUACGCUCCAACAUCAAACUACGAAGAAGAAGAAGUCGAAGCUUUCUAUAUGGACCUGGAGAAGUUCUACCGAGAGGAUCAUGCCUUUUACCAGGUCAUGUUUGGUGAUUUCAACGCCAAAGUUGGCCCAAGAAGAACGCCUGAGGAACUUCACAUCGGGACCCACGGCCUACAAUGGAAUGAAAAAAGCCCUCCUCUCUACGCUGGACGUGGGAGUCGCGGUGGAGGGUACCAUAAUGAAAUAGACCACAUCAUCGUCAACAAAAGGUUCUGCCUGACGGACGUCGCUGUUGUACCAAAGUUCUAUACGGGAUCGGACCAUCGCCUCUUCCGAGGAAGAUCCUCCUUCACAAGGGCAGCAGAGAAAGUUGCCAAAGAGGCGAUAAAGGAAGACCUUAAAGAGAGAAGAGCAGUAGUGCUGGCUGAAGCUGCAGAGGCGGGGAAAAGCAUCGGCUAUGCCCGUCGAGACUUCGCCAGUCGCAAGACGAGGAUGACUGCUCUCCGGAACCCAAAGGGAACAACCAUUGCAUCGAGAAGGGGGAUGGAGAAAAUCAUCUACAACUUCUACUCUGAUCUCUUCGACAGCCAUGUCCACUUGCCUCCUCACCAUCUGAGGGAAGACGGACAAGUCAUUCCAGAGGUUCUCCCGUCCGAAGUACGAAAUGCUAUCAUGUCAGUAAGAAAUCGUACGGCACACGGCCCCGACAGAAUAAGACCAGAACAUCUGAAGAACCUUCCGUCAGUAUUCAUCAAAACCCUGGCGAGGCUCUUUACUCGUUACCUGUCGGAAUGCAAGGUUCCUAAGUGGAAGACCAGCAAGACCGUGUUGUUGUAUAAAAAGGGAGAUCUACAUGACAUUAGCAACUAUCGCCCAGUCUGUUUACUGCCCGUCAUCUACAAGCUUUUUACAAGUAUGAUCCUUAAUAGGAUUGAAGUAGGGAAGCCUUGGACAACCAAGGCGUCCCUACUCGGUAUAUAA